CUCAACGAUGCUGGUAGUCCAGACCUCGGUGGGAAAGUCGAGAAGAGAGCAGCGGCCCCAACAGAGCAAAAUAAUGCCACGGGCGGCCAUCACAUGUACAAGCGACAGUAUUCGACGGGCUCUGGCACACCUUAUUGGUACUCGCAGAUAAAACGCCAAGGCAGUCCAGCUUACGGCAACAAUCCCAACUACAAGAUCUGGCGCAAUGUCAGAGACUACGGCGCUAGGGGCGAUGGUGUGACCGACGACACUGAAGCAAUCCAGGCUGCCAUUGCUGAUGGCUUUGAUGGCAUACGCUGCGGCUUUUGGGGCACUCCAGAAGAACUGGAAGAACCACGCAACUGCGAAUCGCAGACUACAACUCCAGCUGUCGUCUACGUGCCUGCAGGGACAUAUCUGAUCUCCAAGCCAGUGGUUAUGUGGUACUACACACAUUUCAUUGGAGAUGCCAACAACUUGCCUAUCCUGAAGGCGACUUCCAACUUUGAUGGCAUCGGUAUCCUUGAUUCCGACCCGUACAUUAUCUAUCAAAAGCAGUGGUAUACCAAUCAAAACAACUUCUGGCGCAACGUACGCAACCUCAUCAUCGACACGACAAAUGUUCCAGCGGGAACCAGUGUGCAUGGCAUUCACUGGCAGGUCUCGCAGGCCACCACCAUGCAGAAUGUUGUCUUUGUUAUGCCGAUCGGAGGGAACAACCCACAACAUCAAGGCAUUUUCAUGGAGAACGGAUCCUCCCUCUUCUUGGAAGAUCUCAUCUUCAUCGGAGGCCAGUACGGUCUGUUCGCCGGCAAUCAGCAAUAUAACAUGCGCAACUUGACAUUUUAUAAUUGUGAUACCGGAAUCUUUCAGAACUGGGGCUGGUCAUGGAGCUACAAGAGUGUGACUUUCAAUCAGUGUCGCGUUGGGUUUGAUAUGUCGCAGGGAGGCGAUGGCGAACCCUCCGUCGGUGGCGUUCAGAUUACAGAUUCCACUUUCAACGACUGCGACAUUGGCAUCCUCGCACUUUUCCCGGCCAAUGAAACUGGGAAGACUGGAUUGGGAACGGGAACCCUGGGGCUUGACAACGUGGAGUUCGUCAACACAGACCCGGCGAUUGCGUACCCGAAUGGCACUGUUGUCUUGCCAGGCAAUCAGCGGAUCGCGGCAUACGCUCAGGGCGCAGCAUACACUAUCUAUGACUCUGACCAGGAAGUAGGCAGCGAAAGGUGCUAUCGUCCGACUGCCAACAUGUCGCGUACCCAACGAACGUUCAAUGCGCCACCAAAGAGCCCGAGCCUUAUCGAUGAGAACGGCCGAUACUACGAGCGAAGUAAGCCGCAGUAUGAGGGAGUUCCGGUGUCACAGUUCAAAUCGAUCAUGGACUUUGGAUGUCCAAAUGAUGGAGUUACAGAUGCGACAGACUGCGUGCAGCGUUUCUUCGACUCUCUCACACCGGACCAAAUCGGAUUCAUCGACCACGGCGCCUAUGUCAUCACCAACACCGUCACGAUACCAAACAAUGUCAGGCUUCAAGGUGAGGUAUGGCCACUCUUCAUGGUCACCGGACCCCGAUUCCAGAACGAGUUCGCACCCAUCGUUGCCUUCAGAGUUGGAGAGCCUGGCGAUGUUGGAACCACCGAGCUGGUAGAAAUUCUCUUCGAAACCAUCGGUCCUGUUCCAGGCUGCAUCAUGAUGGAGUGGAACCUCGCCGGUGAAUAUCCUGGCGCGACCGGCAUGUGGGACACGCACUGGCGCAUUGGAGGCAGCAAUGGUACUGAACUACAGCUCACCCAAUGCGCGAAGAAUCCGCGGAUUGCUCACGGCGCCCAGAAACAAUGCUGGGCCGCAUUCCUGAACGUCCACUUUACGCGGACAGCCAAGAAUGUCAUGGUCUCCCACAGUUGGGUUUGGAUUGCUGAUCACGAGCUUGACCUGCCCGGGCAAUCACAAAUCGAUAUCUACAACGGUCGCGGAAUCUUGAUCGAAUCGGAAGGUCCGAUGUGGUUCUACGGAUCAGGUUCAGAGCACAGUAUGCUGUACAACUACCAAUUCGCAGGAGCCAGUAAUAUCUAUUUCUCCAUCAUGCAGUCGGAGACAGCUUAUAUGCAGGCCAACCCGAACGCUCUUGCAUCGUUCACCGCUCAGCCUGGACCACCAUGGAACGAUCCUACGUUCGACGAUUGCUUCUUGGGCAACUGUAUCAAGACACAAGCUGUCCGCAUCUUCAACAGCACCUACAUCUACGCCUACGGCCUCGGUCUUUACUCGUUCUUCCAAAACUACGAUUCGGCCUGCAUCAUCACCACCAACUGCGAUCAAUUCAGAGUCUACAUCGAGCAGAGUCAAGGUGUUUACCUUUACGGCUAUACUUCCGUCGCUGCGGAAUACAUGGCUUAUGUGGACGGCGUGCCCAUGGUACCUUCCCAAGCACAUUUUGCGACGUUUGGUAAUACUGUUGCGGUGUUGGAGUAUCCUUGAGAGGCUGGGCUGGGCUGGACGAGCGAGCGAGCGAGAUUGAGAUGGAGCGAGAAAGUAGAUUGGAAAGUAGAUUGGAAAUGAUUGGGUGAAAUUG